AUACUAAAGUACUGAUAAACUCAUACAAGAGAUUACAUUAAUUUAAUAUAAUAAUAAAUAAUAAACUAACUAAUAAAUAAAAAUAAACUAGCUAAUAAAUAAUCUCAAUAAAUCAACAAGUCUAGCACAGGUAGGAAGGUGUGGCAUUACACAGUCCAUUCAAGAGCCACUGUCCUCUACUAAGGUAAGGUAAGGUUCUGUGGCCAUGUGCAAACGUAUGAAUGUUGUUGUACUACAAAACUACCAAAAUCUAGUAAAAUAUUAUGGCAGGCUGAGUGACAUGGCAGUUUUGUUUGAGUUUCACUGUGUUGCCAUGAUGGGUAGUAAUGCACUACAUUUCUCUAUUACAUGUACUUGUGUAUUUCUUUUAUAAAUUGUAUUUGUAAGAGUAGUUUCAUUAGAAUACUUGUGAUUAAAUGUAUGUACUUUACUCAGGGACAUUUGGGCACUUUUUCGCACUGUGAAAUUUAAUUAAUGUUCCGUUUCUUAUUACACGAGUGAAAAUUAAAACUGUAUUCCUUUUUUUAAUGCAAAUAAUUAAUUAUUCAGUUAUUAAAAUAAUCAUUAGUUGCAGCCGUUGCACACUGUUUUCAGGGGUUAAAGAAAAUUCCUCAUUAUAGUAUAAUAUUGUGGUAUUGCAUUUUUAUUGGUCAUACAUUCAUAAGUUUAGGUAUCUUUAUAAGAUACCUGUGCAAAAUCUGUGCAAUAUUUUGGGUUUUAUUUUUACAGAGCCAUAAUGUCAAAAAGGAAGAACAGGAUACAGCCUGUUGAUGAUGAAACAUCAUAUAUUCUGUCUUCGAGGGACAAGCCGGGAUUUAUAGAAAGAUUUAUUAAUAGUAACAAAGGAAGAGGAGUGUUUGUGACCCAGCCCAUUGAACCAGGAGCUUUCCUCUUGGAAUACAGAGGUGAACUCAUGUCAGUUGAAGAAUGCCGGUCCAGACACUACUCGGAGAAACGAACAAACAAGCAGACUUCUCCUGUGGCAGCAGAGAUCGAGAUGUCCCCCAUAGAUGGUGCUUUACAUGAGAAUUCAAACAGGAUGAUGCUUGUGCACAGGUAACAAACAAGAUGGCUUCUGCUGUGGCAGUAGAGACUGAGAUGUCCCCCAUACAUGGUGCUUCACAUGAGGAUUCAGAUCAAGAUGAUGCUCAUGCACAGGUAACAAACAAGAUGGCUUCUGCUGUGGCAGUAGAGACAGAGAUGUCCCCCAUACAUGGUGCUUCACAUGAGGAUUCAGAUCAAGAUGAUGCUCAUGCACAGGUAA